AUGGCAUCUCGUUCCAGUUCCGUGCUUUCUCAAUCGCAGAUCGAUCACUUCAUAACUCAUGGCUUCAUUCGCAUCGAAGGAUGUUUUUCCCAAGCGAAAGCAGACCAAUGGGCCGGUGAUGUGUGGAGAAGACUCGGCGUUUCUCCUACAGACAAGUCAACAUGGACGACCGAGAUCACGCACAUGGACGAGACCAAAACUGAGCCCGUCAAAACCUUCGCUCCGAAGGCAUGGGAUGCCAUGUGUCAGCUUCUCGGUGGAAAGGACCGCAUUUCUUCGGCAUCGGCUACCUGGAACGACGCAUUCAUUGUCAAUCUCGGCUCACCUCAGUCAGAGGGAACCUGGCCCCGCCCCGCGGAUCUUUUGGGCUGGCAUGUUGAUGGGGACUUUUUCAUUCAUUUUCUUGAUUCCCCGGAGCAAGCCUUGUUGGUCAUUCCGUUGUUCACAAACAUUCAGGAGCGUGCUGGAGGAACUAUGAUAUGCUCCGAUGCCACAAAGUUCAUUGCUCAACACUUCUACAAUCACCCUGAAGGUGUGUCACCAUACAUGUACCCUCGCGGUCAGGUUCCCGACGGCGAUCCCAUGGACACCCCAUUUUACUCUGAUAUCCUCAAGAAUUGCAGGAAUUUUCAUGAGAUGACAGGGAAUGUUGGCGACGUGAUCCUAAUGCACCCUUUGAUGUGCCACUCGGUUUCGGUAAACAGCUUGAGACACCCACGCGUUAUUACCAAUCCACCAGUUUCACUGAAGAAACCAUUCAACUUUGACCGGAAAGAUCCAGCAGAGUACAGCAUCGUCGAGAGGUCAACACUUCAGAUGUUGGAGAAGGACCGGCUGCCUGGUUGGCGCAUACGGGGAAAGAGAGAAUUUGUGGUUCCCGAGACAGAGAAAUGA